UUUGCAGUGUCAUGUGUGGCAGAGCGGUUGGAGCCGGUCAACUUCCCAAAUCUGAAACUGCGGCGUGUGCUCAAAGGUCAUCAGGCCAAGGUGCUCUGCUCAGACUGGUCCCCUGACAAGCGUCAUAUUGUCUCCUCCUCGCAGGACGGCAAACUCAUCAUCUGGGAUGCAUUCGCGGCCACCAAGGAGCUGACCAUCGCGAUGCCCAGCACCUGGGUGAUGGCCUGCGCCUACGCUCCUUCGGGCAACAUGGUCGCUGCCGGCGGCCUGGACAACAAGGUGACGGUGUUCCCGCUGGGCGAGAGGGAGGGCGAGGACGCGGCGCAGCGCAAGCGCACGGUGGCCACGCACAGCUCGUACCUGUCGUGCUGCCUCUUCCCCAACUCGGACCGGCAGAUCCUGACCGGCAGCGGCGACGGCACCUGCGCGCUGUGGGACAUCGAGUCGGGCCAGCUGCUGCAGAGCUUCCAGGCGCACGCCGCCGACGUGAUGAGCGUGGACCUGGCGCCCUCGGAGAUGGGCGACACGUUCGUGUCCGGCGCCUGCGACCGGCAGGUGCUGGUGUGGGACAUGCGCACGGGGCAGGCCGUGCAGGCCUUCGACACGCACGACUCGGACGUGACGUCGGUGCGCUUCCACCCGUCGGGCGACUCGGUGGCGUCGGGCUCGGACGACGCCUGCUGCCGCCUGUUCGACCUGCGCGCCGACCGCGAGGUGGCCCGCUACGCCAAGGAGAGCGUGCUGUUCGGCGUGGGCGCCGUGGAGUGGUCGGUGAGCGGCCGCCUGCUGUUCGCGGGCUACGCCGACUACACGGCCUGCGCCUGGGACGCGCUGCGCGCCGCGCGCGUGUGCGUGCUGUGCGGCCACGAGCACCGCGUGGCGCACGUGCAGCUGGCGCCCGACGGCACGGCGCUGGCCACGGCCUCGUGGGACGCCACGCUGCGGAUCUGGGCGUGAGCUCCGCGCCGGGGCGCCGGGCGCCGGGCGCCGAAGGUGCCGCAGGCUGCGUCAGAUGUUCAUACCAAAAAUUAAGGCUGUACCUGUUUGGUGACUCGAACGCGAGUCGCCAGCGCGACCGACGCGAAUGUUAAGGGUGACGGUUACAAUAAGAGGUUUUAGAGUUGUAGUAUAUUCCUAAACGUAACUGCGUAUGUAUAUUUGUUCCUAAGGAAUACUUUAGAAUAGACGUGUAAAACCUGUGAUUAGCGGAACGUUUCGGUGUUCGUUCAACUGUCGUUCAACUUGAUUAAUUCUUGCAGAAUGUAAAAUAGCGCUUUGACGUCUAUUAAAGUAAUCAAGAUUGUUUCUAAUCAGAGGUACUGUUUCUACCAGAGGAUUUUUGUAGACGUGCUUCUUAGUAUGACUGUACGACAGUGUCCGAAUAAAAGGAGUGCUAUUUUACAGACUGUGUUGUGUGCAAUAGAGGAGAAUCUCGAAAUGCUUCGCCCGUCUCUCAGGGUCAGGUGCUGCCUGUCUGAGAGGCUUAUUACGGCGGAGCAGGACCGCGUCCCGCCGGCGCCGGUCACUACCGUCGACAGAUUCCGCUCACUGUUGUAGCCACUUAAUAAUAGGUACCAUAAUCUUAUAGUAUUAUUAUAUUAAUAAAUUUGAUGUUGGAACGUUUUAUCUCUCAUUCCUGGCCACUGACUGGCAGCGUCUGCCCUUUUAAAAAUAAAAGAUGUCACAAACAGCGUCCAAUAUCAAAAUGGAAAUGUUUGUUGUAUGUUGUUUACUCUGUUGCCUGUAAUUGGCUCGCGACCAACGGCUUAUUAAUUCUUUGUAAAUUGUAUGUAAUGCUAUUGAUUGAUACACUAAUAAAUAUAUAUAAUUGUUCAUCAUACUGAGGCCACACAGGCGGCCGAACAGUUACCAUGCUGGACCACCACGCAAAAGUUCCAGGUUCGAUUCCUAGGCCAGGGA